AGGUGGCAUCUUGCUGUUUUCAGCAACACACUGCUUCUGUUCAUCUAAGAUUUUUGGCUUGUGGAUUUGUUUCCCUCUCCUUAUAUGCUUUCAGUAUGAGGGCCGGUCACACCUGGGAGUAAUACUCAGUCUGGUCCUUGCUGGGAUAUUUUUUGUGGCUUGCUGCUGAAAGAGUGGGCUGGUUCUCUGUCUUGGAGCGCAGGGAAGAAGAAGAAGUUCGCACUAGUUUUGCCUCCAAUCCAGUGGAGGUUUCAAUAGCAGCGGCGCGGCAGGGGAGGGACGCACUGCCAGCACUCGGGAUACCCACUCAUACACACUCGCGCACACUCUCACACACACUCCUGCCCACCAGAGACCAGUUCAAUCCACAAGAAAACUGCAAGCACGCACCAGAGUCGUCUAAUCCGAUUGAUAGACACCAACAAUAGAAGUGAAAACUAAAGGAGGGGAUACUGGACACUGCAGAGGACAGCGCGUGUUUUUAUUUUUUUUUAUUUUUACAUCAAUCGAUUUAGUUUUAAAGCACUUUUGUAAGAGUUUUUUUUCUUUUAAAGAAAAACAGACACCAUUCUGCAGAUAACGUCGUCGAUUCAUAUUGCGAGAGGAUGAGGCAGUGUAAAGGUUGGAGCGUGGUGGUGCUGCUAGUACUGUUGGGGCUUGGAUCUGUGGCCCAGAAACUGCCUACGAGAGAUGAAGGUCUUUUUCAGAUGCAGAUCAGAGACAAGUCGCUAUUCCACGACUCCUCAGUCAUACCGGACGGAGCUGAGAUCAGUGGCUAUCUUUUCAGAGACACACCCAAAAGGUACUACUUUGUGGUGGAAGAAGACAACACACCCCUGUCUGUGACCGUGACACCUUGUGAUGCUCCUCUGGAGUGGAAACUCACUCUGCAGGAGCUGCCAGAAGACGCCAGCGGAGGAGGAUCAGGAGAGCCUGAACCUCUGGACCAACAGAAACAGCAGGUGACAGUAGAUGAAGGGACGGAGCUUUUCACCUACAAGGGCAAUGAUGUGGAGUCCUAUGUGGCCACAAGCACGCCUUCUGGUCUCUACCAGCUUGAACUGCUGUCCACUGAGAAAGACAGCAACUUCAAGGUGUACGCAACCACGACUCCGGAGUCUGACCAGCCCUACCCAGAGCUGCCCUACGACCCCCGCGUGGAUGUCACUGCACUUGGCCGUACCACCGUCACACUGGCCUGGAAACCGACACCUACCGGCUUGCUCAUGGGCCAGCCUGUGCAGUACUGCGUAGUGAUCAACAAGGAGCACAAUUUCAAAAGCAUGUGUGCUGCCGAGGCUAAAAUCAGCACUGACGAUGCAUUCAUGCUGGCUCCGAAGCCUGGCAGAGACUUUAGCCCGUUCGACUUUGUGCACUUUGGCUUUGACAAUGGUUUCGGCAAAGACCGGGGCCUCACAAGUAACAAGAUCUCACGGGCAUACGCAGCCAAGCCCAGGGUAUCAGACAUCCAGAAGGUGUGCAUUGGCAAUAAAAACAUAUUCACGGUGUCAGACCUGAAACCAGACACACAGUACUACUUUGAUGUGUUUGCAGUAAAUGCUGCUACCAACACCAGCACAGCAUAUGUGGGAACCUUUGCUCGCACUAAAGAGGAGGCUCGUCAGAAGACAGUUGAGCUGAAGGACGGCAAAGUAUCAGAGGUUUUCAUCAAAAGGAAGGGCAGCAAGUUCCUGCGCUUCGCUCCCGUGUCUUCCCACCAGAGGGUCACUCUUUUUGUACACACAUGUCUGGAUGCUGUGCAGGUGCAGGUGAGGCGAGAUGGCAAGCUGCUGCUCUCCCAGAAUGUGGAGGGGAUACGGCAGUUCCAGCUACGGGGAAAGCCAAAAGCCAAAUACCUGAUCCGUUUCCGUGGCAGCAGAAAAGGAGCCUCCACUUUGAAGGUGCUUGCCAGCACCCGACCCAGCAGCAAACAGCCUUUCCCUUCACUUCCGGAGGAUACACGCAUCAAGGCCUUUGACAAGCUGCGCACCUGCUCCUCCGUCACUGUGGCCUGGCUGGGCACGCAGGACCGCAACAAAUACUGCAUUUACCGCAAGGAAGUGGCUGACAAUUACGGCGAGGAGCAGCGGCGCCGGGAACAAAAUCAAUGUGCUGGACCAGAGACCCGCAGGAAGUCAGAAAAGGUCCUGUGCAAGUACUUCCACAGCCCGAACCUGCAGAAAGCUGUGACCACAGAAACCAUCACAGGUCUGGAGCCAGGAAAGACCUACCUGCUGGACGUUUACGUGGUGGGACACAGUGGCCACUCAGUAAAAUACCAGAACAAACUGGUGAAAACAAGGAAAUACUGCUAAAAGACUCUGCAAAGAAUAAAUCUAUUAUAAAUAUAUAUAUUAAAUAAGUUUAUUUAACUCUAAGUGAUAUUCUACUAAGGAGUGUAUACAGACUGACUACUCACACAGCUGAUGGGCCCGUGGCAGGGACUGAACUGUUUGUAGAGAGAGAUUUCAACCUGUAUAUUUAUGUUUACAUUUCAUUGUGGCACGUCUGGGUGGCCCAUAGCGUGAGGUGCUUUGUUACCAGGCUUGUCAUCUUGACAUCAUGCUGCCACUGGGAGGGCAGAACUUCAAAGAAGAUCGCCCUUUUUCAUCUUCUCUGUUCCUUUGUUGCUGCAUGACUUUCGCUUUUGUCUGUCAUGUUUGUUGCAUCCUUCGGUUUCAGUGUGUCAAGGAGAUACAGUAGCUGCCCGCUUUGUAUAGAUCUGUCACCGCAUAUUCAUGACGCAUUUUAGGAGGAAUUUAAAUUAUUUUAUACUUUUCAUCUCUCUUUUUAAUUGUCUGUUUUAUUGAUGACAAUAGUAACUGUUACAAGAAAAUUCCAGUUUUAUGAGGAAGUUGUCGUAGCUCAGACAUUCCCGUGUGUAUCUCAGCCAGUGUUUGCUCUAGAGCCCAUCUUGUAAAUGUGUUCUGUGCUGGAGAUCUGUGUUAUUAUCACUGUAUCGCUGUGUAUGUGUGUGCGUGUGUAUGUGUGUGUGUGUGUGUGUCACAUGUACAGAGCUGUCCUGCCAAUAUUCAUGUACAUAAAGACUAAAUAUAGAACAUGUAAUCCCCGUGUCACCCUGGGUGUCAUGUUCUUUUGCCAAGCAGUUAACAUCCCAAUCAUGGCUCUCAGAGAAAGAGCUGAACAGCAUAUUGUGAUUAUAGACUCAGACAUCUAAAUCAGGGCUGCAUAAGCACGACCUAAUACUAAGAGGGAUUUUAACAUCAAAACACGACCCUCUAAAAGAUUUGCGACAGCAAAAGAACAACAACAGAUAAGAUAUAUGCUGUAAAUAAGCUUAAAAAGAAUUUAAAAAAAACACCCCUUGAUAUCAUCACAAGUGGCUAAAUGAGGAAAUGAGCGUAUAUCCUAAUAGAUUUAGUUUCAAGUGUAUUUCUUGAUUUUUUCUGGAGAACAAGUUAUUGUCUUGAUGAUCUGCAAGAAGCCUGAUCUGAUUUUUUUUACCGGUGGGAGUAUGAACCAUCUGUAUCACGUGGUCCCCGUGUAAUCUGUAAUUUUCUAAAAAGAGUAUAAAUUAAAAAUCGUCAUACAGUGUUGUUGUUCUGUACACUAGUGCCACUGUAAAUUUAAAAAAAUGGAGAGCAUGCAGCUUGCUUUGCUGAUAGAAGAUGAACCAACCAUGAAAGGGAAGUGAUAAAUUUAUGUAUAAAAUGAUGUAAAAAACAAAAAAAAAAAGCUGUAAUAGGUUGAGCAUCGGAUGGGUGAUUUAAAAAUCCAAAUUUGUACUGCAGCAGUUCUGCUCACAUUACCAUACAUAUGACAUAUAAUAGAUAUGACAUAUCUGGUGUUUCAUCUUAUGUUCUUUUUUAAUGAGAACAGAAUAUCUAUGUUGUAACCGAAAGCUGCCCUAAUGGCCAAAUUCCACCCUUCCAUAGAAAUAUUUGGCCUUACAGCAAAAGGUUUUCCCUUUAGCAUCAAGUAAUCUCCCAAAGAUCUACUUCAAAUAAUGUCAAUGCAAGGUUUAUGCAUAUCAUGGCAAAUUUAACCUUCUAAUGUCCAAUGACACCCGUUUUUGCAUUUCAAACACAAAUAGCCUGCAGUCUAACUCUUGGUCUGCUACUAAACAUUUUUCCUAAGACAUCAACAUGAACACAAGAAUGUUUUCGGUGAAUCAUAAAUAAAAAACAGUCUCUGCUAAUUUUGAGUCGGAUUUUGCCACCUGACUUUCUGUCGCUCUGUUUUUCAUUUAUAGUCAAAUCAAUCUGAAAAUAAACAUGAUUUAAACCAAAUAUGCCAGAAAGAAACAAACAGGAUAGCCUUUUUUGUGUCAGUUUAAUCGGACAGUUUCUUACUACAACAAGUUUAUGGAACUGAAAUGAAUGAUUCAGAUUGACUGUAGCUCUGCUACUGCAGCACUGAUUUUGUCAAGAUUAAGAAUAUCAAAGAAUAUAAACCCAAAAGUGGUGACGUCAACAAACUAACAAACUAAUUACAAUCGUUAAUAGCUAUCAAAAAUUAGCUAUCAUUAGCCACUUAUCGCUAAUAGUCAAACCAAGUAACUCUGUGAACGUAAUCUUGAUUAUAUUUAAGUGGGGAAAAAUGCCUUGCUCUAAAGCAAAAGAAACAUAAAUACAAUAAUCAGAAUCCUACUCUGGACUUCGCACUUUCCAAAUGGUUUUAACUACACUAUAAACAUAGUGACACUGAACAGGCCACCCUCUAUGAAGCAAUGUCGCUGUUCAUUUCCACUUAUUUUUUUAAGUGCUUACGCUCAAAAUCCAGGCUUCAAAUUCGAGGGACUUGGUGCAAUAGUAUUUAGCCAAUAGACACAUUUAAUCACAAACAAGCAAAGAGAAAAGCCAGACGCACAUGCAUGACCAUAUCUACAUGUACUGAGUAGUCUUAGAUGAGUGGAAAUGGCGCCUCUGUUGUGGCCAAGAAAAGCAGCUGUUGUUUGAGAAUUGCCAUGUUUCCAUCCCGACCCUGAUUGUGGGUAGCUGCACUCCAAUUCAUCGACACAGUUCACUGUCAAUCAAGUGCUCCUGGUGGAGUGAGGCUCCACCUGGCUUCCAUUAACCUGCCAUUACCCCGAAAUAAUGUAAAGGAGCUUCCAGAGAGCUAUGGGACUGUCAUAGAUAUCCCUGUAAACUGCCACUAAUAAAGCUGGCCAGCUCUGCUCAAAUGUUAUCCUACAUGUGUGAAUAAUAUCUGCUGUGUGCAAAAAAAAAAAAAAGUCCUCGUCUUUGGUCCACCCAAGAGGUUUAAGAUGGAAAGAAAUAUACAGACACUUCUAUUUUUCUAACAUCUUUCAGGAGAUCUCCACACAAACACUCAUGCAAACAUGAACAUACAGAGAAACCUCUAUCCUAGAGCUAACCAUCUGCAGGGCUUCCCAUGUUUAUCUUUUGCGUGGAAUCGAGUGCAGCGCUUUGAUGUAUGAGUUUUGUAUAUAUGUGUGUACAUGAGUAGGACGAGGAGUGGAGACAGACAUGCAGGGCCUGGAUAAGUGGUGUAGUAAUGACAGCAGUGCACGGAAGAGCUGGCUCUGAUUCUGGGGCUUAUGUGAAGUGAUCAGUGUAUGGAAUAAAACAAAUAAUCUGUACAUAACACCUCAAUUAAACUGUGGCUGGAAAUGUCAUAAAAUGUUAGUUGCGCCCAUAGAGCCAGAUGUUCGAGCUCAAAGGCUUUUGAUGUCUCUUAUCAAACAUUUUAAACAAAGAGCUUAAUUUAAAAAAUAAUCCAGCCGUCCA